AUAAUCAUCCGAUUUGACGUCAGAGCUGUGAUGUAAAAUAGUAUUUAUUUACAAGUGUUUUGUUCGCAAUAUUUUCAUUCGUAAGCAUUUAUUUGUGCGUAAAAUAAGUUCGCGAUAAAUGGCCUUCGUAGAACAGUAAACAUUCGCGUAUUACGUCUCGGUGAAUGCAAACGCUGUGAUAUCUUCGUAACCGAUAAACGAAAUAUUCAGUAAUUAAUCUAUUUUCGCGCACUCGUAGAAUAAAAUAAACGCCUAGAAAAUAGUGAAUUAGCAGUGCGAUAUUAAAAUGUCUUUGGGCAGUCAGUGGCGUAUAAUAAGGCACUAUUUGUCGUUAACCAAUUUAAACAGUGAAGUGGAGAAAUUAGUGCAAAAAUUUAAGCCAACGUCUCCGGAGCAAUGGGAAAAAUUACUAGCUACAAUUCAAAAAGCUGUCCCAGUGCAGGUAAUGAGAGAAAGCAAGUCUGAAGAAAAAAAGGAUGACAGAGUUUAUUCCACAACUGUUGAUAAUGUAGAAAACAAAAGUGAAAAGGAAGAAAAACCGAGUCCACCGGCACUCAGUGUGGGUUCCGAGGCGAAAGACAUUACAUUUGAAGGGUUCCUACAAGGUCUUAAACUCAAAACAGAUCUUCAUUUUGGCAAAAUAUCCGAGACAAGCUGGAAAUCUAAAAAACCUGUAGUUAACAAGGUUGGUUAUGAGUUUUCAAGUUUAAAGAAAUAUAAUUAUAAAAUUAAUUCAGUUUUGUGGUUGAGUCAGUGUUUUUUUAAAUAGACUUAAAAGAUAUCU